CAGCUCCCCCGGACCCCCCUCCCCCUCCGUUUCCGCCAUGUUCCCUUCCAUCCGGACUGCCCCUCUAGGAUCCCGACAGAUCCCUGGAUCCCCCUACAGCCUCACCAUCCUCCAGGAAGGUUUCAACCGUCCCAGAAGCGACGGCAGCUUCGAGGCCGAUGGCUCCGUCACCCUGGUGCGCGGGGGUCCUGUCACCGCCCUGGUGGAUACGGGGGGGCCGUGGGGCCGUCGACGCCUUUUGGAUGAGCUGGAAGCCAUCGGGGUUUCGCCGCUGGACGUCACCCACGUGCUCUGCACCCACGGCCACUCCGACCACGUGGGGAACCUCAACCUCUUCCCUUCCGCCACACUUUUAGUGGGGUUUGACCUCAGUUGUGGGGACGGGGUCUUCCUACCCAACGGCUUGGAUCGGGGGGUCCCUUACGCCCCUCACCCGGGCUCCCCCGGACCCCCCUCCCCCUCCGUUUCCGCCAUGUUCCCUUCCAUCCGGACUGCCCCUCUAGGAUCCCGACAGAUCCCUGGAUCCCCCUACAGCCUCACCAUCCUCCAGGAAGGUUUCAACCGUCCCAGAAGCGACGGCAGCUUCGAGGCCGAUGGCUCCGUCACCCUG